GCCCAGCCCAGCCCAGUCUCGGCACCGGGCGGCCCGGCUGCCGGCCCGCCCCCGAGGGCGCCGGGCGCGGCGGGAGGAUGCCGAAGCCGACGCUGCUGCUGCGCGGGGGCUGGGAGCGCGAGCGCAGCCCCGGGGACUCGGAGCUGGGCCGCCAGUUCCGGGACUGGUGCCUGCGCACCUACGGCGACUCGGCCAAAACCAAGACGGUGACACGCAGCAAAUACCAGCGGAUCGCCGAGGUCCUGCAGGGCGGCGGCGGGACCAGCGCGGGCAGCGGCCCGGCGGCGGGCGAGAAAGGCAAGUUCCAGUUCUGGGUGCGCUCCAAGGGCUUCCGCCUGGGCAGCGGCCGGGAACCCAAGAUGGGCCAAGUGGUGUAUGUGCCGGUCAAGACGGGCUCGGGGGCAGAUGGCCUGUCGGAGCCUGAGGGCAUCGCUCUGAAGCGGGUCGCUGUGGUGGAAGAUUUCUUUGACAUCAUCUACUCGAUGCAUGUGGAGAGCUCGGCGGAGCCAGGCAAAGCCCCCAAGCACGCUGGGCAGAAGAAAACCUACCGAGCGAUCGCAGAGACCUACGCCUUCCUUCCACGAGAGGCUGUGACCCGGUUCCUGAUGAGCUGCACAGAGUGUCAGAAGAGGAUGCACUUUAAUUCCAACGGCCUGGAGCCCAAAGAAAACGAGCCGCCCUCUCCUCUGGUCUCCGGGAUUAUCGACUACAACAUGCCUCUCACGUCCACAUACCUGAAGCAGAUGAAGUUGCGUGUGAUGAAUUCCCAGGAACAGGAUGAAACUUCUGUGAGCAGUGAAGAUUUUGAUAUGAAUGACUCCACAUGGAUGUCAGCUGACCCACACCUGGCCUCCAGCCUGAGUCCCAGCCAGGACGAGAGGAUGCGGAGCCCACAGAACCUCCACAGCCAAGAGGAUGACGAUUCCUCCUCCGAGAGUGGCAGUGGCAACGGCUCCUCCACCCUGAACCCAUCCACAUCAAGCAGCACACAGGGUGACCCCUCCUUCCCCGAGAUGAACGGCAACGGCACUGUGGCCCCCAUGGACUUCACCGCCACCGCCGAGGAUCAGCCCAUCAACCUGUGCGACAAGCUCCCGCAGGGCACAGCACUGGGCACACCUUCCUACCCCUCGGACGGCUGCAGCUCGGAUGGACUGCGGAGCCGCGUCAAGUACGGGGUGAAGACCACCCCUGAGGUGUGUGGGGCUGCGGGCUGCCGGCCCACCUCAGCGUCCCCACCCUACAGCUCAGGGAGCUAUGAUUCCAUCAAGACGGAGGCCAGUGGCUGCCCCGAGGACCUGACGGUGGGCCGGGCCCCCGCAGCAGACGACGACGACGAGGACCACGACGACCACGAGGACAAUGACAGGAUGAACGAUUCCGAGGGCGUGGACCCUGAGCGCCUCAAGGCCUUCAACAUGUUUGUGCGUCUGUUUGUGGAUGAGAACCUGGACCGCAUGGUGCCCAUCUCCAAGCAGCCCAAGGAGAAGAUCCAGGCCAUCAUUGAGUCCUGCAGCCGGCAGUUCCCCGAAUUCCAGGAGCGCGCCCGUAAGCGCAUCCGCACGUACCUCAAGUCCUGCCGUCGCAUGAAGAAGAACGGCAUGGAGAUGACCAGACCCACGCCUCCCCACCUGACCUCAGCCAUGGCAGAAAACAUCCUGGCAGCUGCCUGUGAGAGCGAGACAAGAAAAGCAGCCAAAAGGAUGCGCCUGGAGAUCUACCAGUCCUCCCAGGACGAGCCCAUAGCCCUGGACAAACAGCACUCCAGGGAUUCUGCAGCCAUCACCCACUCCACCUACUCACUGCCAGCCUCCUCCUACUCCCAGGACCCCGUCUAUGUCAACGGGGGCCUCAACUACAGCUACCGCAGUUACGGAGCCUUGGGCAGCAACCUGCAGCCCUCUGCCUCCCUCCAAACAGGAAAUCACAGUAAUGGGCCCACAGACCUCAGCAUGAAAGGCGGGGCCUCCACCACAUCUACCACGCCCACGCCCACCCCCUCCAGCAACAGCACCAGCAGGACGAUGCCCACCGCCCAGCUCAGCCCCACGGAGAUCAGCGCUGUGCGGCAGCUCAUCGCUGGCUACCGAGAGUCAGCCGCCUUCCUGCUGCGCUCUGCAGAUGAACUGGAAAACCUCAUUUUACAGCAAAACUGACCCCAGCAGCACCUGGCGUGCACUACCCUGGGGAAGGAGGCUGUCCCAGCCUGGACCCAGCUUCCUGCCUCACCAGUUGGUACAUUUUGUUUUUUGAAAGAGGUGGGAUCCAAAAGAGCUGUUUGUAGCCACACUCCAAGCACCUGAGACUCUGGGCACAAAGACACGUUUUUGGAAUCUCCCCACCCGGGUGCUCUGACCUGCUUGGAAGAGGCCAAUGGGGCAGCUUUGGAAGGGCUGGGGCUCCCCUGACGAGGCGCUGGGGCCAAGGCUCCAUUUAGAAUCAUCUUCGUGGACCCUGAUGUUAGAAUCCUACCCCCAGAUAAUUACCUUUCAAGUCUUAGGUGAGCAGAAUUGCAUAUUUAUUGAGAAAAACAAAGUGGACCCUUUCUUCCUAUCCCUUUAGUAAUUUAUUUUUCUGAAAACGGAUUCUUUUUGUGUUUGUACAGAUUGCCAGUCUGUGUCUGUCUGAUCAGAAGGAUAUAUCCCUGUGACCUAACAUUCCAUAUCACUACACUGGUGCGGCUGGGGGCUGGCAGGGCAGCAUGUGGUGGGGUGGGUGCCAGGCUGGCUGUCCCUCUUGAGUGCCCAGCACCGCCAAGCAGGAGGGCCUCACCACACCCACUACAAAGCAAAGAUAUAAACAGAAAUGGCUACCCCACCCCCCAUUCCACAAAAGCCCCAGUCACACGGUCACCUGAUUCUACCUCACACUCCAGCGUGGGCUUUUUCCAGGAUGUGUCCUGAGCCUGUUCUGAAUGGCCGUCUCCCAACUGCCCACCCUCCCCUGCCCCUCCCCUAGUGUGUUUGCCUGGGAGCUAAGUCCAGAUGGAUGGCCAGGAACUGGAGCCCAGAGGGCCCUGGCCCUCCUCAGUAGCAGCUUGCAGUCCCCUGGCCCCGGCCACCCCUGGCUGCCCCACAGGAUAGAAGGCUGGGAGGUGGCCAGCCAGUCUGCAGGGCCCUCGCCCUCACCGUGCGCCCAGGAAGCCAGGUCGGAGCACUUCUCCGCACAGGCCCAGGGCCCUCAGACACUUGUCAGGAAGGGCCUGUUUCUUCAGGGCGAGUCUCUGGCUGUCAGGCAGCCACCGAACAGGAAAGGCAGCUGCGAGCUCCUGGGCAGACCACAGCUCCCAUCCCCUGCCCCCAUGGUUGGAGUCAAGGGACCACGAACAGAAGUGGAGAAGCCACUUGGGUUCUCCUAGGACUAACCCCUUCUGGAGGGGCCAGUCCUAGAAGAAACCCAUAAUCCCUGGAGUGUGAAAAAGGGCAAAAAGAAAAUGCUGGCCUGGUUUCCUUCCUCCCCUAGGCACUUCCUCUUGCUCAGUGCAAUACCUACCAGUGCUGCUAAAACCAGGGAUUCGCCCAGACCUCAGAAGGCCCACAGGGCCUCUCCAUGCAACACUCCGUAGCCAUGACAGCAGCUCUCUGCUGCCCGCCCCUGCCCAGUGGCAGAAGCCCUCUGUUGCCUUCCCUCCCUCAGAGCAAAGAGGCCCCAGGGGAGCCAGGACCGAGUGGAUCCUAGGACAGCCAGAGUGCCACUCAACCCCAGAGCAGGCACCCCUUCCCAAACCAGCUUUUCAACAGUCAGCUGCCCUCCAGGCACUUGGGCAGACCACCCUCAGGGGGAAGGGAGAGGGUCCAUGUGGAUGCCCCACCCUGCCUCAGAUCCAUGACUGAGCCGUGGGCUCUGAGCCAGAAAUUCAGAAAGGUAAGGGACCCUACCCCGUGCUCACUUCCAGCCUCUAGUUUGGGGUGGUCUUUUAUCCCUCAAGUGGCCUCCAACAUCCCACCCAGCCACACCACCUUUGCCUUCCAUCGGACCAGUCCCCAGGUGUCUGGUUAGGGCCAGGCCACCUGAGACCCCCUUAGCACAGCACAAACCCCAGUGCCCCAGGCCUCUCUGCAGCCCAGCAGGCCAUGCACCCAGCCCCACCUGCUCAGUACUGCUCCCAGACCUUUAAAUUUGUGUAAAUAUUUAUUUUUGUGUGUGAACAAUACUACGAAGUAAUCAGUAGAUCUUUUGCAAAAUGUUACCCCAGGCAAUUUGUGAAAAUCUUAAUGUUAAAAACUGGCAGAGACAAUCGCCGCCUUAGAAUUCCUGAUACCAAUUGCUUAACAUGUCAUUUCUCCUCCCAGAGGCAGUACCCAAAACAGGCAUAAACGGUUUGCUUUUCUUGACAGACAGGAGUGAGAAAGACUGGGGAAGGGCUCCCGCCGCCCCCCGACACAAGGGAUUAGAGCUAAAGAUCAGCAUGAACUGCAGUCUGAAGUUCUGUUUUCAUGAGUUCAAGCCGUCCUAACCGGCCACCUUCAGCCUGCCUUAGUAUUGCGGUAAGAGCUAGGUUCAGUGUGUUUUACAGAGAAAAGAAACAAAUGCCAGUUGGGAGAGUCUGCGGGGCUCCUCGCAGCCCCCCAAGACAGUGGAUUCCACCACAUUGACCCCACUGCUUGAGUGGGCUCCUUCCCAGUGAAGCUACACCUGAGGCCCUGGUGAAGGCAGAAUCAGGAGCAAGUUAUUAUGUGGAAACAGGAUUCCAUUAGCUAGUUCAGUCGUCAGGGAACUUACUGUUUUGCUUUUGUUGUAAAAAAAAGAUGCAGCUUCAACCCCUUCCCACUCUUGACUUUGAGAGCACCUAACAGCCCAACUGGCUGCUGCCCACUUCAGCCCGGGGACUGCCUGCUCCCAAAGGGCGCCUCCGAGGCCCUGCCCCAUAGCCACUAUUCUGAGGGCCUCAGGGCACAAAUUAAUCAUUUGGGAUCCUAAAUUAAAAAGGGAAUGCAAGAGUAGAAUAUACCAAUUCCAGAAUCUUUACAGGGGACUUAAUCCUACGAGAAGGCUAGGAUCAGAGGAGAAACAGGCUUGAUCUUAGUGGUGGACCAUCUGGACGACCAGUAAUACCGUGACCAUAUGAGAUUCACUUCACCGUAACCACUAACACAGACAGUUUAGACCCAAGGACAGUGUUGAGGGGGAGGAGGGCAGGCAGGAAGAUAGGAGGGUUUUAGAGGAUUUCAAACAGGUGGAACCCACCAUCCCUAUUCCCAAGGGCCACUUAAGACUCCAGGGGUGGUUAUAGGAUUAACUACCAGUUCAUUUUCAAAAUGCUGCUUUGAACUCAGAGGGUUGAUACUUUUAAUUUGUAAUUUUUUGUAAAACUUUUUACAAGAUAGUAAAGUAUUUCACCAGAAUACCAGUUUCAAUCCGUCCAUGGUCUGAUUUUUAUAUAAUUUAGUGGUGCUUUAGAAACUUUGUUUUGGUUGUUUCUGAGCUCAACAGCUCAACCCCUUUUCGCCUGUAUCUACCUAAGACCAAUGUGAACCUUUGUAUUUUUGCUCCUAAUUUUGGACUCAGUGAAAGUGUACUGUUUACAUGUACAGACGCCCAGCCCCGUGUGUUCCGCAAGACUCGCUCUCCAGGAGGGAGGCGCACCUCACUAAGCUCACCUGCUUAGCAAAGCCACAAAACAAAACCUCUCACUUUUUACCUGUUUCCACCUAAAAACAAAAAGUUACACCACGUAGAACUCAAGAUUUUCUGAAAACACUUUUCUAAGCUCAGAAAAAUCUCUGCAUGGCAGGUUUUUGCUGUGGGCAUAUAGACGGCCCAUGCCACUAUCAUGGGGUCCAUUUAGAAGCAGGGGUCCGAACAGAGACUUCUGUCGGCUGCUGGUGGGUUAACUGCAUGGACUUACGAAAAGUGGAAGCAGCAGUUGGCUGCAGAGUGUGAUGGAUACAGAUCUUCUCCUGGCAUGGGAAGGUCAAGAUGACUCAUGACCUUCAGGGUCAAACCACCCAAGAUUUAGGACAACUCCAGAGGUUGUCAAUCCUCUGGCCUAAUUUAGACAAGUUUCGGAAGAGCUCAAGUUCCCCAUCUGACCAGAGAUUUUAAGACUUGCCUGUGCAGACAGUCCAAGCAUCUUUUCAGGGUUCCCCUGGAGGCAGCUUACUCCUGCAGCAUCACCUCUGGGGAGGGGCCGGGGACUCUAGACAGUAAGUGUAUGGCACUUAAUUAAGGCAAACAGCAGAUGGCACCAACUUUUAAAGGUGACUAUUAAUCAAUGACUUCACCUCUAAAUUAUAUUUUUACAGAUACGCACCUAUGCAACUUAACGUGGCUCUUCUAAGCAGGUGAGGACUUCCUCCUCAAUGCUCUAUAAAAAUUAUUUGUGUUCUAUAAUAGUGAGUUUUUUCCAGUAAAUGUGGCUUAAUAUUUUAAUUCUUAGAAUGUGUCUUCUCUAUGUGAUGCAACUAAAUUCUGUUUCGUUUGUGGAAUGACUAGCACAGGCCAACUCCCUCUCCCCUCACUUAACAAAAGACCAAUGAGCUGUUAAUCGAGCUGUUAUCUCCAUGGUAUUACUUGCUAAAUGCACUGAUUUCAUAAGUAUGUGGAAUCCUUUUCUUUUGAAUCUGUAUAUCAUAUAUAAGACUGAAUCUACUUAAUAAACACUGAAUAACGAACCGAA